AUGUCUGGGCUAGAGAUGUCGAAGCAGGCGCAGCUUAUGGAGGUGCUGAAGAAGGAGGUGAGGGCCAUGCUGAUCGCUGCCAAAGCGGGCUUGACGCCGGAGCAGCUGGAGGAGCAGUACAUGGCCAUGGUCUGCAAACCUCUCCCUCUGCACGACCUGGGCUUCCAGUCCACCCUGGAGCUGGUGACACAAAUGCCUGAAGUUGUCCAGAUCUGUUCUUCUAAGAAUGGUGCUUUAAUCCUCAAAGCCAUUGCAGAUGACUCCACCAAAGGGAUUGCCAAGCUGGUUGCCAACCAGAAAGUAAAGACACGCAAGACAUCAAAGAAAGCUGCCACAAAGGCGAAUUCUACUUUUCCCACUAAGAACUUUAGGAAUCCACAGAGUUUCUAUACUCUGAGUGCUGGGACUCCUGUCCUGCCAGCAAUGGUGAAGGCUGAGCUGCAGGACCUGCUGAGCUCCUCACCACUUCUGCUGGCAGACUUGGACAAGGCCUUCCUCAGACGCUUUGGCCGGGCGUUCCAGUACAGGCAGUACGGAUUUUUGUCCAUGUUUGAAGUCCUCAGGAGCAUGUCUGAUUCCAUUGCUGUUGAGCAAACAAAGGCAGGUUCCUUGCUGGUCCUGAGGAAGUACUUGGCAAGCAAGACAGAACAGCAAGAGGUGCCUCAGAAUGAAGCUGAGGAGGAAGAGAUGCCUCAGGCAGCAUUUGCAGCUGAGAUGCCUUCUUUGAAACCCACCUGUGAGACAAAGAGCUGCUACCAGGGAGCAACUCUGAUGGAUUCAGAGCCAGUGCAAACACCAGCAGUAGAUUUGGGUGAUCACCUCAAACAGCAUCAAGGUCUUGAGCAGUUUCCACCGAUUCCAGAAAUCCCUCCAGAUGCUGUUCAAGACAGAAGCCUUUGCAGUUUGCCUCCUCUGAAGAGAAGGUGCUUGGUGGGAGUCAUUGUGGAAUUCGUUGUCUCUCCUAGCCAGUUCUACGUCCACGUCUGCAGCACAGAAGCAUCCUAUAAACUGCAGGACCUGAUGUUUGAGAUGAGACACGUUUACUCACAUAAAGUGGCUUCUGAUAAAUACAUCAUGCCUGAGUCUGCAGUGAGGCCUGGGCAGCUCUGCUGUGUCAUGGUCUCCAAGUGGUGGUACCGUGUGAUCAUCCACCGUGUGAUCAAUGACCAGGAGGUAGAGGUGUUCUAUGCAGACUAUGGACACCUCCAGAUUGUCCAGAAGUCUUGGCUGAGAUUCCUCAAGUGGCACUACUUGAAGCUCCCUGCUCAGGCCAUCCCGUGUUCCUUGGCAUGGGUAAAACCUGUGGAGGGUACGUGGUCCAGUGCAGCAAUUCUCCUGUUUAAGCAUCUCUGUCGCUUCAAGGAGCUUGUGGGCAUCGUGGAUGAAUACAUGGAUGGUGUUUUGUACCUCUUCCUGUGUGACACAUCCACCAAGGAGGAUGUCUACUUCCACUCUGUCCUGAGGGAUAUGGGAUAUGCUGAUGUCUGUGGGGAGAACAUCCCUUCCCAGGAAUUUGAGGAACUGAAUCCUUCAGCCUUGUAUGUACAGCCCAGUGGAAAGCAGGGGAAUGCUGAAGUGGUGGAGCCAGACCUUCGUUUGCAGCAGGAAUCUCAAGAUGCAGACAGUGAAACAGCAACCUUGAAGCUGAAUGGGGCUGAGCUGUGAGCAGAUGAAGAAAACAUGAAGACCAGCACCUUCC